AUGGACAAGCUUAGAGAGCAAAAGUUCUAUGCCAAGUUUAGCAAGUGCGGGUUCUGGUUAGACAUAGUUGGGUUCCUUGGACACAUAGUUUCAGCAGAAGGAGUCGCAGUAGACCCAAGAAAGACUGCAGCUGUGACUGAAUGGGAGUCACCCAAGAAUGGAGGAGAGAUUCGGAGUUUCUUAGGACUCGCUGGAUACUACCGAAGAUUUAUUGAGAAUUUCUCCAAAAUUGCAAAGCCCAUGACAGAACUGUUGAAGAAGGAUAAGAAAUUCAUAUGGGCUAACAAGUGUGAAGCUAGUUUUCAAGAGUUGAAGCAACACCUAGUAAGUACACCAGUUCUAUGUUUGUCGGAUAUCAGGAUUUCCAAGUGUAUUGCGAUGCUUCUCGCCAAGGACUUGGAGGUGUUCUAA